UCAAUUGCUGCGGGCGCCUUUGAUGAUUUGCAUCAGUUAAAGCGCCUUGAUAUGAGUAACAGUGGACUGACGUCCCUCCCCAACGGCCUCUUUGCCAAUGUUUGCCAGCUGCAGGAGCUUGAUCUACAUGAAAACGUCCUCACAACUCUUUCAGUUGGCCUCUUGGCCUGCGCACGACAACUUCAACUCCUCCGAUUGGAAAGCAACAGCCUCACUUCGCUCCCGGCGGGCCUGCUGGAUGCUGCUAGUCGGCUGCAAACAAUCAGGCUUCAAAACAACGGUUUGAUGACGCUCCCAAACAACAUCUUUGACUACGCUCGCGAGCUCCAAGUGCUGCACCUGCACAAAAAUAGCCUUGCAGCUCUACCUGCCAACGUCUUUCAACACGCCACCAUACUUCAGGACCUUUGCUUAGAAGACAACAAUCUAGAUGCCCUCUCAGAUGGCAUUUUCAGCACCUUGUCACAGCUGCAAACAGUAUCCUUGAAAAGCAAUCGACUCACAUCACUUCCUGUUGGCGUAUUUGUCCAUUCGAAGGAGCUGCAAUCCAUCUUCUUGGACAGCAAUCGUCUGACCACGCUCUCGGACCAGACUUUUGGCAGGAUGAAUCAACUGCAACAGUUGUCCUUGGCCUACAAUCGCCUCGUCAAGGUUGAGGCUCGUGCUCUGGAAGGCCUAAACCAGUUGCAAGUACUCAACUUGGCUGAGAAUCGUCUCUCAGCACUUCCUCGGGGAGCCUUCGACUCCCUCACACAGUUGCAAAUGCUCUUGCUGGAUAACAACGCCCUCACUGGUCUUGUGCCGGGGCUCUUCGACCAUCUGCGCCAAUUGCAAGAGCUAGACCUGAUUGGCAACCACCUCAAAACACUCCCCAACAAGGUCUUUGCUGGAACCCCCCAGUUGCGAGCCUUGGCGUUGACCUCCAACCCCAUUGAAACGCUCCCUGCCGGCUGGCUAACGCCUUUGAGCAACCUUGCCUAUCUGGACAUCACCGACUCC